UCUUCCCUGAGCCUCAGCACACCUCAGGGAAGACCAUCUUCACCUGUAGACACCUCUGCCUCAGAAACCGGUAACAUCUUGCUGGAGGGCUGGCAGAAAUACUGGGAGCAUCCUCCUCCAUCUACACAAGGCAAUGGAAUAGCUCCUCCUAACAUCAAGUGGCUGAAAUGCGAUGAGAUGUAUGGUCUGUUUGAGAGGCCUAUCCAAUACAAUAAAUGCCAAAGGAGAGAUUGUGGAGAGAAGGCUUUUAAAGGAGAAGAUGGAGUUCCACCCACCCCCAAUUCCUACUUCUGUCAAGGGAGGACUGCCCAACAUGAUGGCCUUUUUCACAACCCCUGUCUUCUUCUGGCGCCCAGUUGGUGUGAUGCAAGCCAAGAUCCGCUGCCCUAGCUCCAACUGCCCUGCACCACCAGAUGAAUACCUUGAGAAGAAAGGCUUUGGUAGUUAUACCAGGCAAGUGGGUGGGAUGAAGUACAAUUACACCCUGUUGACGGAGAAGCUGAAGUGUUCACAUUGUGAAAAGAUGAGGCGGGCAGUGAGUAAGACACAUAGUGACGCAGACAGUGAAGAUGAGGAGAGUCAUCAUGUUCAGCAGUACAUUUGGCUGGCACACAGUCCCAAGAUUCUGAUGAACUUGGCCCCGGCCAUCAGAAGCAUGUUUCCUGCCAUACUAUGUGGGAAGUGUGCCAUUGACAAAGGUGUGGUUACUCUUCUGAAUGACAGGGUCAACAGUGUGUCCAUGAACAAAGUACAGAGACUGCUGCACCAGGGACAUGAUGAGUGGUAUGUGGAGCGCCGUGACCUGUACCAGACUCUCCUGUACGAAGCCCACACAGCUGGAUCUGCAUCGUAUCAGAAGAGCAUCCUGUCCUUUGUCAAAGCUGCUGGUACUUACACUCCUCCGUGUGCACACAUAAUCAUGGAGAUGGAGAAGAUGCCUGUGUACAGAGCCUCAAUCCUCAGUGUGACUGGAGACAUCCUCUGCAUUGAUGGUACAAAAAAGGUCCUUAAGAAGAUAUAUGGUGAUGGCCAGGGCAUCAUGCAGUAUGUGACCAGUGUGCUGAACGAGUGGGGACAGUUUUUGACCAAGAACGAGCUAGGGCUCCUGCACCAACUGUCAUAUAUGCAGAUAACAACUGUUGUCGGUAGGCAAUAA